AUGGAAGCCCAGGUGCACACGGUCAUCAGCAGUGUUCCUGUGAGCGACCAGAGGCUGACGGAGAUCAGAGAGGCAACAAGCCAGGAUCCCCAGCUCACCGCCCUGAAACAGGCAGCCCAAGAAGGCUGGCCUGAGUCCAGAUCACAAUGCCCCCCCAGCAUCCAAGAGCACUGGAACCACAGGGACCAGAUUGCCCAAAUUGAUGGCAUUCUUUUUAAAGAUGAACCCAUUAAAAGAGCCCAGCAGGAACUGAAAACUCAUUUGAAGAAGAAGUUCGAAUACAUAUUUGAAGGUUUAGCAGUGCAGGGCCACACAACUCUCCUCAAUGAGAUCUAUACAGAGCUCUACAUCACAGAGGGGGGAAGUGGGGGGGUCAAUAAUGAGCACGAGGUCAGACAGAUUGAGACAGCAUCCAAGAGACAAACCACCCAGGAGACUCCAAUCCUCUGCAAUGACAUCUUUAAGCCUUUACCUGGACAAGAGAAACACAUCAGAACUGUGCUUACAAAGGGCAUUGCUGGCAUUGGGAAAACCGUCUCUGUGCAGAAGUUCAUUCUGGACUGGGCAGAAGGAAAAGCCAAUCAGGACGUUGAUUUCAUCUUCACCAUUCCUUUCCGAGACCUGAAUCUGAAGAAGGAAGGAACAUUCAGUCUGAUGCAACUUCUGCAGCACUACUUUCCACAACUGAAAGAGAUCAAAAGUGUUGAAGGUGAUGAAGUCAAAGUUGUGUUUAUCUUUGAUGGUCUGGAUGAGUGUCGACUUCCUCUCCUUUUCCAAAGCAAUGAGAUCUGCUGUGAUAUAACAAAGUCAUCAUCAGUGGAUGUGCUGCUGACCAACCUCAUUAAGGGGAAUCUGCUUCCCUCUGCUCUCCUCUGGAUCACCUCCCGACCUGCAGCAGCCAAUCAGAUCCCUCCUGAGUGCAUCCACCAGGUGACAGAGGUACGAGGGUUCAAUGACCCACAGAAGGAGGAGUACUUCAGAAAGAGAAUCAGAGAUCAGAACCAGGCCAGCAGAAUCAUCUCACACAUCCAAUCAUCCAGGAGUCUCUACAUCAUGUGUCACAUACCAGUCUUCUGCUGGAUUUCAGCUACUGUUCUGGAGACAAUUUUGGGAAAAGUAAAGAAAAGAGAUCUGCCCAAAACUCUGACUGAAAUGUACACACACUUCCUGCUCAUUCAGACUAAUGUGAAGAAUCUGAAGUAUCGUGGCUCUGAUGAAACAAACCCAAAGAUGUCAGCAUCAGAUACAGAAAUCAUCCUGAAACUGGGGCAGCUGGCUUUUCUUCAGUUGGAAAAGGGCAAUCUGAUAUUCUAUGAAGAGGAGCUGAGAGACAGUGGCAUUGAUGUCAGUGAAGCUUCAGUGUACUCUGGGGUGUGCACAGAGAUCUUUAAAAAGGAGCUUGGGUUGGGUCAGGAGAAGGUCUACUGCUUUGUGCAUCUGAGCAUUCAGGAGUAUCUGGCUGCCUUGUUUGUGUUUCAUUCAUGUGUAAAUAAGAACAGAAAUGUGCUCAGAGCAGAAGAAUCAAAACCUCACAGUGGCAGAGUGCAGCUGUCUGAGUUACAUGAGACUGCAGUGGAUCAGGCCUUACGGAGUAAGAACGGACACCUGGACCUUUUCCUCCGAUUCCUUCUCGGCCUCUCUCUGGACUCCAUUCAGCCCCUUUUAGGAGAAAUACUGACACAGACAGGAAGAAGAUCUGAUGGAGGACAAUGGAUAACAAAACUCUUUAAGAGACUACAGACAGAAAGCAGAUCAGGGAGCAUCAAGACAACAGUCCAGUACAUUAAGGAGAAGAUCAAAUCUGAAUCUUCCGCAGAGAGGACCAUCAAUCUGUUCCACUGUCUGAAUGAACUGAAUGACAACUCUGCAGUGAAGGAAAUCCAGAAUUCCCUGAGAUUAGGAAAAUGUUCUGAUAAAGAGCUGGAACCCCACCAAUGUUCAGCUCUGGCCUUUGUGUUAGUGAUGUCAGAGGAGAUCCUGGAUGAGUUUGACUUGAAGAGCUACAACACAUCAAAGGCAGGUCGUCACAGACUGGUACCAGUAGUCAGGAACUGCAGGAAGGCCAGACUGAACAGCUGUGACCUAAGUGAGGAGUCAUGUGAAAUUGUGGCCUCAGCUCUCCAGUUGUCAAACUCACCCCUGAGAGAUCUGGACCUCAGCAGAAAUAACCUGGGAGAUUCAGGAGUGAAGCUGCUCUGUGCUGGACUGAUGAGUCCAAACUGUAAACUACAGAGACUGGGGCUGGGUUGGUGUAAUCUCACAGAGGGCUGCUGUGAUGUUCUGGCCUCAGUCUUGCGUUCUCCUCACUCAGAGCUGAGUGAUCUGGAGCUGAGAGACAACGAGCUGCAGGAUAAAGGAGUGAGAGCACUCUCUGCUGGACUGGAGGACCCACACUGUAAACUGCAGAGACUGGAGCUGUCAGGCUGUGGAGUCACACAGAGAGGCUGUGAUUCUCUGGCUUCAGCUCUGUGUUCAAACCCCUCACACCUGAGAGAGCUGGACCUGAGAUACAAUCACCCAGGAGACUCAGGAGUGAGAGCGCUGUCUGCUGCUAAACUGGACACACUCACACUGCUGUAAGU